GAAGAAGAAGAAGAAGAGGGGUUCCGGCCCCGGGCCGCGCCGCCGGCGGCAGAGGCAAACUGAGCGGAGGCGGGAGGAGGAGGAGGAACGACACUCGGCACAGGACUCGGCGGCUCGGUUAAUCGUUCCCGCACCGGGGCGACGGAAGCGGCGCAGGGAGGGAGCGACUCCUUGACCGGUCGGCGGCGGCGGUCACCAACAGCUGGUGUCGGGGCCCUGGGAAUCGUCCUUGCCCUCGCCCGGCGAGGCGGUCGCGUAAUCGGGGGAAAGAUCAGGGCCUCGUUCCCCCAGCGCUCCCGUGAGUCCGGCGGGAAUCGCGCCGCCCCGUCGGGGGCCCUCGGGCCUGCGCCGCACGCCGGUGUCCCGCCCCCCGCCCGGAAUGGCGUCGGACAGCCCGGAGACCCUGAUGGCGCUCUGCACCGAGUUCUGCCUUCGCAACCUGGAGGGCACCCUGGGCUACCUCCUGGACCACCAACCCCCGAGGUCGCACCCUGACAUCUUCCUGCCCAGCGAGAUCUGCGACCGGCUCGUCAACGAGUACGUGGACCUCGUCAACGCGGACUGCAACUUCGAGCCGCACGAGAGCUUCUUCAGCCUGUUCUCGGACCCGCGCAGCACCCGGCUCACCCGCGUCCACCUGCGGGAAGAAGUGGUGCAGGACCAGGACCUGGAGGCCAUCCGGAAGCAGGAUCUGGUGGAGCUGUACCUGACCAACUGCGAGAAGCUGACGGCCAAGAGCCUCCAGACCCUGGGCAGCUUCAGCCCCACCCUGGUGUCCCUCAGCCUGUUCGGCUGCGGGAACAUCUUCUACGAGGAGGAGAGCCCCGGGGGCGGCUGCGAGGACGAGUGCCUGGUCAACCCCACCUGCCAGGUGCUGGUCAAGGACUUCACCUUCGAGGGCUUCAGGCGGCUGCGCUUCCUGAACCUGGGCCGCAUGACGGAGGGGGUGCCCAUGGAGCCCUUGCUGCGGCCGCUGAGCGCCCUGGCCGCCCUCGACCUGUCGGGCAUCCAGACCAGCGACGCGGCUUUCCUGACCCAGUGGAAGGACAGCCUGGUGUCCCUGGUGCUCUACAACAUGGACCUGUCGGACGAGCACAUCCACGCCAUCGUGCAGCUCCACAAGCUGCGGCACCUGGACAUCUCCCGGGACCGACUGUCCAGCUACUACAAGUUCAAGCUGACCCGGAAGGUGCUGAGCCUGUUUGUGCAGAAGCUGGGGAACCUGGUGUCCCUGGACAUCUCGGGCCACAUGAUGCUGGAGAACUGCAGCAUCUCCAAGAUGGACGAGGAGGCGGGGCAGACCAGCGUCGAGCCGUGCAAGAGCAGCAUCGCCCCGUUCCGGGCCCUGAAGCGGCCUCUGCAGUUCCUCGGGCUCUUCGAGACCUCCCUGUGUCGCCUGACUCACAUCCCAGCUUAUAAGGUGAGCGGGGACAAGAAUGAGGAGCAGGUGCUGAACGCCAUCGAGGCCUACACCGAGCACCGCCCCGAGAUCACCUCCCGCGCCAUCAACCUGCUCUUCGACAUCGCCCGCAUCGAGCGUUGCAACCAGCUGCUCCGGGCCCUGCAGCUGGUCAUCGCGGCCCUCAAGUGCCACAAGUACGACAAGAACAUCCAGGUGACGGGCAGCGCCGCCCUCUUCUACCUGACCAACUCGGAGUACCGUACCGAGCAGAGCGUCAAGCUGCGCCGCCAGGUCAUCCAGGUGGUGCUCAACGGCAUGGAGUCCUACCAGGAAGUGACGGUGCAGCGGAAUUGCUGCCUGACGCUGUGCAACUUCAGCAUCCCCGAGGAGCUGGAGUUCCAGUACCGGCGCGUGAACGAGCUGCUGCUCAACAUCCUCAACCCCACCCGGCAGGACGAGUCCAUCCAGCGCAUCGCCGUGCACCUCUGCAACGCCCUGGUCUGCCAGGUGGACAAUGACCACAAGGAAGCCGUGGGCAAGAUGGGCUUCGUCAUGACCAUGCUGAAGCUGAUCCAGAAGAAGCUAUUGGACAAGACGUGUGACCAGGUCAUGGAGUUCUCCUGGAGCGCCCUGUGGAACAUCACCGACGAGACUCCCGACAACUGCGAGAUGUUCCUCAACUACAGCGGCAUGAAGCUCUUCCUGGAGUGCCUGAAGGAAUUCCCAGAGAAGCAGGAGCUGCACCGGAACAUGCUGGGACUGCUAGGGAACGUGGCAGAGGUGAAGGAGUUGCGGCCCCAACUGAUGACCUCGCAGUUCAUCAGCGUCUUCAGCAACCUGCUGGAAAGUAAAGCGGACGGGAUUGAGGUAUCCUACAACGCCUGCGGGGUCCUGUCCCACAUCAUGUUCGACGGGCCGGAGGCCUGGGGGAUCCGCGAGCCGCGGCGGGAGGAGGUGGUGGACCGCAUGUGGGCGGCCAUCCAGAGCUGGGACAUCAACUCCCGAAGGAACAUCAACUACAGGUCAUUUGAGCCAAUCCUCCGCCUCCUUCCCCAGGGAAUAUCUCCCGUCAGCCAGCACUGGGCCACGUGGGCCCUGUAUAACCUCGUCUCAGUCUACCCUGACAAGUACUGCCCCCUGCUAAUCAAAGAAGGUGGCAUGCCGCUUCUGAAGGACAUGAUCAGUAUGGCGUCCACUCGGCAGGAGACGAAGGAAAUGGCUCGGAAGGUGAUAGAGCACUGCGGUAACUUUAAGGAGGAGAACAUGGACACAUCCAGAUAGAGGCAGCUCCUCUUCAGUCUCCGGCCAACGCAGUCCCCGGCAUCUCUGUAACUCACGGUAUCGACGGAUGAAUCACCCUCACCAGCCCGGCUGUCAGAAAGGUCCCCCGUUCUGUGCGGGUGUGACCCCAACGAGAUGAAGGUGCACCGGGGGAACUUUUGCACAAACGAUGCUUUCCUUAACAUUAGUGAGAGAGAGAGAGA